GGGUAACAUGAAGAAUAGGUCCGGGCUGCCGGACAAUAUCCAUAGGUCUAGGCUGCCUGUCAAAUCCAUAGGUCUAGGCUAUGUGUGAAAUCCAUAGGUCUAGGCUAUGUGUGAAAUCCAUAGGUCCGGGCUGCCGGACAAACAUUAGGUUCGGGCUUCGGUUUCUGACAUAGGUCCGGGCUGUGAUACAGUGUCUAUGGAAUCAGACACGAUGGGUCCUCAACCGACUGCGGAGCAACCAACUGGCGUGUAUCGAUCGUCGCCUGACCGCGCCUUGCAGGGUCUCAAGGAGCGCAUUAGGCAAAAGGCUCCUCUGAGAUGGGCAGAGCACGCUGAAGAUGGAGAGCCAGAAGUAGUGUGCGGACCAGACAUUACUGAGUUGGAUAAGGACACAAAGUCAGAGUCAUCCAGUGUCCGACGGGAGAUGGCAGAACGACGCUUACCAGAGUAUGAGCGUAGAGAGCCUAGAGCUAAUAUGCACAGAAACGAUUGGGGAGACGAGUACGACCGAGAACAGUAUUCGAAGAAUAGAGACAGGGAUAGGGCCCCGCCUAAGCGGGUUUUUAAUCCCCAGACUGGUGUGUCAUAUGUGCUCCCUUAUGAGAGCAGAGAUCGCUAUAUUAUCUCUCACCUACCCUCCGAACCGCCUACUUUUAGAGGUUAUGGUAUCACUGAAUACCUGGAGAAGUGGGAGCUUCAUGCCGGUCGUAGUCAGUGGUCGGAGGAGGAAAUUAUAGAUAACUUCCUAUUCAACGUGGACCGAAGUCUUGGCAAGGAAGUUAAAGAAGCCCGACCCAAGGAUAGGAAGUGGGCUACGUAUAAGACAAAUCUUUGCGAGCUCUACAAACUGGAGGAUAGCAAAUACUCCAUCAAGGACCUCGAGACUAUGACUCAAGAUGAAGACGAGAGCGUACAGGCUUUUGGUAAGCGCUUCCAAAAGAUAUCUGGUGUGUUGAUAGAGAAGGGCAAGUUGUCGGAGGUUGAGCGGUGCACCAUUUUCAUUGGUCGCCUGCCCAUGGGUAAGCAGAAAGCGAUACUUAGAGAUUUGCCAAAUGACAAAUUAGAUUUCCCUGAAGUCCUUAAACUGGCAAUGAAAGCAGGAGCAGACGACUAUAGAGACUUGGUGUGGAGAGGGAUGAGAAGACGAGACUCCUCCCUCUAUAGGAAAUAUGACACUGAUAGGUGUCCGGAUUUUAAGGAUUACCCUUGGUCAGACAGAGGAGACGUGAAAGCCGUGAUGGAAGAGGUAAGAGAGAUGAGGGAAAUGAUGAAGCGCCUAGCGAGACAGGUCACAGAUAUAGCAACGAAGGCGGAAGCGACAACCUGCCAAGACAAACCAGGGUCUCCCUAUUCACAUCGCUGGGAUCGGAGUGAGCCUGGAGAGCGACGAGCAAACAUCACAGACGAUUCAGACCUGAGAGAGAUGAUCAAGGCCCUAACUCGACAAAUCGCCUGGAUAGAGGCGAAGAUGGAGACUGGUGGGUAUCAGGCGAGGAACGGUUCGUCGAACUUGCUGAGGUGCGAUCGAGUUAGGACUGGUUCAGCGUACUCGCUGAAGUGGGAUAAUCGGGGGCCAGGAUCGCGGAGACCCCUAGAGGAUAGAAAUCCUCAGACACUAACCGAUUAUCGAUCGAGGGAGCAGAGGUAUCAUAGACGUUGUGACGACUCCCCUAGGUACCAGGACGAGGAUCGAGAUCGACAGACUGCCUAUCAUAGGGACUAUGCGGGAGACAGGGAUAACGGAUAUCGACGACACGGUCGGGUGGAAACUUACCCUCACAGCCCGAUAUACGAUCCAGGUCGCGAAGACCUCCGGGAUGCAGAGUAGUAUCCUAAGGAUGAAGAUAGAUAUUACCAUGCGAUGACGAGAGACCGACGCUACAAUUCCCGCGAGC